AUGAAAAAAGAUCUGCUAGGAUACACUAGAAGAAUUAAGGCUUCCAAUGAGAAGUUCUUACUACCUCCGGUUCGACCUUCAGACGCCAAUAAAAAGUGCCUUAUCAUCGACCUCGAUGAGACGCUGGUCCAUUCCUCCUUUAAACCGGUGAAAAAUCCGGACUUUGUGAUUCCGGUAGAGAUCGACGGUAUCGUGCAUCAGGUGUAUGUUUUGAAGCGGCCAUAUGUAGACGAAUUCCUUGCCAGGAUCGGGGAUCGCUACGAAUGUGUGCUGUUCACGGCUAGUUUGGCCAAGUACGCCGAUCCGGUCGCCGACCUACUCGACAAGCGUGGUGUAUUCCGAUCUCGAUUGUUUAGGGAGGCUUGUGUGUAUCACAAAGGAAAUUAUGUGAAGGACCUUGCUAGACUUGGUAGAGAUCUGACAAAAGUCUUGAUUAUCGAUAAUUCACCUGCCAGUUACGCGUUUCAUCCAGAAAAUGCGAUUCCCGUUCCAACGUGGUGGGACGAUCCAUCCGACGUUGAAUUGUUAGACAUUCUGCCACUAUUGGAACGGCUUGAGAAGGCUGAGUCAAUAUACGAAGUGCUGAAACACGAUGAUGCGCUGUCAGAACCGUUGUUGGAGCGAACGCAAUGA